AUGGGGAGACGAAGAGAAGAUGAUCACUCACACAGCAGACGUCGUCGUUCAAGGUCUCGUUCCCGCUCAAGGUCUCCCGUCUUACCUAGGAGGGCAUUCUCAUCUACUUUAGAAGGGUCAUUGCCUUUAGCUGCUUCUCUACCAACGUCGACUCUGAUGGGCUCAUUACUAGCUGCACAAGCUAAAGCUGCAGAAGAGGCUGCAGCAAAAGCUAAAGUAGAGGCUUCCAAGCCAGCAGUUGGCAGCAUGACUGCUAUCGCUAAUGCAGCGGCUGAUAUGAUUAAAGCCGCUCGUAAUUCUGGACAGGGAAUUGCUGGCACGGAAGGUGCUCUGAUCAUCACUCCAAAUAUGGACAAAGAUAUUGAACAACGUCGUCUUGACCUGGAAAUGCAAAAGAGACGAGAACGCGUUGAGCGAUGGAGAAGGGAGCGCAAGUUGAAGCAAGAUAUUCUUGCAGCUCAACAAAGGCUUGCAGAAAGCACUAGGGCCUCUACUGCCAACAAAUGGAACUUAGAGGAUGACGAUGAUGAGGAAGACUCAAGCAAAAAGAACUCACGUACAGAAAAGCCAGAAGAUGAUGGUAUUGAUCCUUUGGAUGCAUACAUGAUGGAACUAAAUAGUCAAGUUUACUCUGGUGCUGACACUACUAAGAAAGACUCUCCGAAAAUGCCUGAAAUGCCAGUAAGUAACUCCGACACUUCCAGCCCUACUUCGAAUCCAAUCAAACCAAAACGGCAGUUAGUAAUCAAACGAAAAAGAGUAAUCGGUCGGGUGAAUUGA